UUUUUUUCUAAUUGGUCUGUUCCGUACAAUUGUUUUUGCAGUUGUAGUUAUCUCUCACCCCCUCCUCUGGUCUCGGUCAUCAUCUCCUCUUGAAAGCACGACGGUAGAUAGAGAGCAAAAGGAUCAAUCAAUCAAAUCAAAAACAAAGGCAGACGGAGAGAAGGAGGGAUGGAUCCAGACGCAGUUGCAAAGGCUUUCGUUGAGCACUACUACUCGACCUUCGAUGGGAAUCGUCCAGGUUUGGUUUCUCUGUACCAAGAAGGAUCCAUGUUGACCUUCGAAGGCCAGAAGAUCCAGGGCUCUCAGAACAUCGUCGCUAAGCUCACCAGCCUCCCUUUCAAUCAGUGUAAGCACAACAUCACCACCGUCGAUUGUCAGCCUUCUGGUCCCGCCGGCGGUAUGCUCGUCUUUGUCUCCGGUAACCUUCAGCUCGCUGGCGAACAGCACGCUCUCAAGUUCAGCCAGAUGUUCCAUUUGAUAUCGAAUCAGGGAACCUACUACGUGUUCAAUGAUAUAUUCAGGUUGAACUAUGCCUGAGGGAUCAGGUGCAAGGGGGUAUAUUCGCACCAUGAUGACAAGCAAAAAAAGAAGACUGAUGGAAGUUUGGGGUGUGAGUUGGUUUUAGAUUUGGAACAUGAAGCUUAUUUUCUCGUGGUUUGCUGUCUGUUUUUUUUUUAUAUAUUUUAAAUCAAUGGAGCUCCUUUGUUACUUUGGUUGAGAUUACUCUAUUUGUUUUCGGGCAUUGAUCCAUGAUUUAGUAAGCACUUUUUAAAGGAUAAAAAAAAAUGUUUAUUUUGGAA